AUGCAACAAGUUCGCUUCACGCUGACCUGGCCUACACCUGACGUUAGAACUCCUGGAAUCCUGACUCACCUCGCAAAUCUUUCUGGCUCCCUGUUUGACUCUGGCACUCCUGACCACGCUUAUUCUAAACUCCUGGAUGGCUCUGACUUAGAAAGAGAGACGCUGAAACCUGACGCCCGCUGCCGGCAGGCAGUUCCAACUGAGCAGCACCCAGGUCUAAGCCGAGGCUUAGAUGGCAGCACUGCACGCAAGGUCCCCGAAAGCUGCCUGUGUGUCGCCGUCGCCCUCCCGCUGCUCCUCCGGGCCAGCGCCUCGCCGAUCCCGGAUGCCUCGGGGGAAGAGCAAUUUAGCGAGGAUCCCUCGCCCAGCGCUUCGCCGGCCAGGGACUUCCAGCUCUUGCAGAACUGCAAGCUUCUGGCCCUGGAGCUCCGCAGGAAGGCUUUCGCCUGCAAGGCAGAGCUAUGCAAGGAGCAAACAAUAUGUAAAAACAACACAGAAAUACCUCGGAAUAAUCUCUGCUUUCCAAAGCUCACGGUGGAAGAUGGAUGCCCCCCACAUAGAUUCGACAAGGAGAGGUGCUUAAGAGGAAUUUCAAGUGGCCUUUAUGCAUACCAGGCUUUCUUGGAAUAUAUAGAAGAAACUUUUACUAGUAAAGAACAAGAAGCUGCAUUUAUAUGGAUGAGAACAAAGCACCUGGCUAAUACCUUGAAGUCAAUGAUGGACACUCCAGAUACAGUAACCAUACCUAAUCUGUUCACUAAGGAAGCUCUUUCUACGCAGCUACGAGUGCAGACUGGAUGGAACAGGAAUGUUAUCCACUACCUCAUACUUCAAGAUUAUAUUUCAUUUAUGGAGAAAACUGUAAGGGCUAUUCGUGCCCUAUGA